AUGACUCCUCUCCAAAUCUGGCUGUCAGGAAAGGGUCCUGAACGGAGCAACCGCGAGACAGCGCAGGAUUCGAGCCAACAGCACAGCGAAGCGCUUGCGGCGGACGAGAACGGCGUAGUCGAACAAGAAUCAUGGUCGUCUGCCAUCAAAAGCAUGGUCAAUUCUCUCCGGCCCACCUCGACCAGGUCACCCAACCGGCGCGCCUCCGUCAGACACCCCACACCACCCCCCUCACAGCGGCCUUCGACAUCACCGCAACCGCUGCCCUCCGACAAUGAAACCAGCGAGCCUUUGGCACAAAUAGACCGACCCGCCAAACGCCUCAAGCUGACGCUCAAAGGCCCGAAGCUAGCUGCGGUAUCUGCUGACGUUGGCGACACAAACGCGACCAUCCCGACCCCGAGACCGCCCGUCAAGCUGACCCUCUCCGAACCACAUGGACAGGUGCUGCAGACUACCAACGGCGCACGCACCCAACUGGAUCCCUCCGACGAUCCACCAACAUCCAACACGUCACCUGCCAUAACCCCGGCCACCGCUCUGAACCCGUCACAAAGACAGACUCGAAAGACGUCAGAGAGGCGUAGUCUGCGCUCUCACGAUGAAGGUCCGCGUCUGAAGAGUGAGCUGGCUGUCUACUUUCCCUACUACGAGGACAUUAUCUACGAUUCCAACAAGGAACCAGAAUUCAUCACUACGGAUACGAUCAUUCAUAUCAGCCAUGAGCCCUACAACCCUGCACAAGACCCGGGCUUCAAGUCAGAUAGCCUGGCUAGCAAUGCACGGAACCGUCGUCCCUCUUCCUCGCCUAACAAACCACCAUCCUCACCAACCCAAAAGAACAAAUACAAUGGAGCUCAGGUCAUCGAUUUCUCGUCCAUCGAGAAGAGCGUUGGCCACCAUCCCAAGGAUCCAUUGACCGAUGCCUUUUACUUCAAGUCUCAUCGUCGAGCAGAACGCAAAGAAAAACAACUACGCAACAUCGAGAAGGAGAGGGCCAUGCAUGAAAAGGCACACCUCGAAAGACUUCUCGAAGCUCUACAAGGACACGACUGGCUGCGUGUCAUGGGUAUCGUCAGUGUGGCAGACGCAGAUGCUAAAAAGUACGAACCAAAGAGAAAAUACUUUGUCGACGAAGUCAGUGCACUUCUUUUGAAGUUCAAGACGUGGAAAGACGAAGAAAGGCGCAUUCGGCAAGAGAAAGAAGCUGCAGCCAUGGCAGACGAUGACGACGAGGAGGAAGAGGAGGAGGAGGAAAGUGAGAGUGAGCCGUCUUCGAGUGAUCUGGAUGCUUCGGCAGCACGUCAACUACAGACUGAGGCUUCAGGAGGAGCAAGUGGUGGUAAAGACGGCAAGGCUGGAAAGCUCAAAAGCAGGACACGAGCGUCAGCACCAGUCGCUGAACCCGCACCUACGCCUCCAGCACCUGCUCCGAUUAUAUAUCGAGAGCCCACACCCGAUGGGCCUUUUGUGAGCUUCUACUCGAAACCUCAUCUACGAGCGGCAGCGCUAGGGAACACCAGACAUGGCCGGACUCUGACAGCGUUCGGCGUACCAAUACCCGAGGCUGAGGAACAGGAGUUUGCGCUGCCAGAAGAGUACGUUACGCCAGAUGCAUUGAGAGCCAAUGCCAGGAAGCGUAGGAGAAUGAAGCGGGAAAGUGCGAUGGAUUCAAGUCAAGCAUGA